GUGGGAAGCUCAAUUUUUCAAGAUGUCGUCGUUGGAACAGAGGCUUUCGCGGAUCGAGGAGAAACUAAAGCAGGAAAACGAAGAGGCUCGGCGGAGUAUGGACCUCAAGAUUGACAUGAGUCCGCAUAGAUCCCACGCAAGACCAAUCAUCGUGAUCCAGCUCAGUCCCGCUCCAGCUCCUUCCCAACGUGCAGCCCUUCAGCUGCCUCUAGCCAACGAUGCAGGAAGCCGCUCAUCAUCUUCAGAGAGUUCGCCUCAGCACCACCACCCUUGUCGCCCCAGACACAUGCUCACCCUCCCCACCCCACAGUAUGGCUUACAAAAGAGUCUAGAGAAUGCAGAGAUUGACCAGAAAUUGCAAGAAAUCAUGAAACAAACGGGUUAUCUAAAAAUUGAUGGACAGAGGUAUCCGGCUGAGGUGACGGAUUUGAUCAAUGAGGGCGAGAUCGGCAGCGGGACCUGUGGGCAGGUCUUUAAAGUGCGAUUCAAGAAGACUGGUCACGUCAUUGCAGUUAAACAAAUGCGCCGAACAGGAAACAAGGACGAGAACAAGAGGAUCCUGAUGGACCUGGACGUGGUGCUGAAAAGUCACGACUGCCCUUAUAUCAUUCAGUGCUACGGUGCCAUAGUUACCAAUACCGAUGUAUUUAUUGCCAUGGAGCUGAUGGGAACGUGUGCUGAGAAGCUCAAGAAGAGAAUCCAAGGCCCCAUCCCAGAACAAAUCUUAGGAAAGAUGACUGUUGCGAUAGUCAAAGCUUUGCUGUAUUUGAAAGAGAAACAUGGCGUCAUCCACCGUGACGUUAAACCCUCCAACAUCCUCCUGGACGCAAAAGGUCAGAUCAAACUCUGCGACUUUGGCAUCAGCGGACGCCUCGUCGACUCGAAGGCAAAGACCCGCAGCGCUGGCUGUGCUGCGUACAUGGCGCCCGAGAGAAUAGACCCUCCCGAUCCCACCAAACCCGACUACGAUAUCCGAGCGGACGUGUGGAGCCUUGGCAUCUCUCUGGUGGAGUUGGCUACCGGACAGUUUCCUUACAAGAACUGCAAGACAGACUUUGAGGUCCUGACCAAAGUGCUGCAGGAAGACCCCCCUCUGCUGCCUCUCAGUAUGGGAUUCUCCCUCGACUUCCAGUCCUUUGUCAAAGAUUGCCUCACUAAGGAUCACAGAAAACGGCCAAAAUACCACCAGUUGCUGGAGCACAGCUUCAUCCGACGUUACGAGGUGCUGGAGGUGGACGUGGCCGGUUGGUUCCAGACGGUGAUGGAUCGCACCGAGUCUCCACGCAGCAGUCAGUGUUACAGCCAUCAGCACCAGCUCCACUGCUCGCUCUUUAGCAGGUAGCCGGCAGAGCCCCUUUCGCCCCGCUGUUAUCUCAGCUGUCCUCUCAAAUGUAGUCUAGCCUCAGCCUCAAGACGCUAAGCCUAGCCUUAGACUCUGUUCACCGGAGAAGCCCUCAACGAGCAAAACGACGACGACGGCGGCGGAUCUUUUUGUGAUGGUGGAUUUGAUGGAUUGGAUUGCAUGUUCAAUCUGGACAGGCAGACAUGGGAGGGAGGCGCGCUGUAGUUAGUUAGCUUCAUUCGUGCGCAGCUACCAUUGUUAUCAUCGCACUCGUAAACGUGUUGUCACUUUUUUAGUUGCGGCUUAGCUACUGUCGAGUAUCCGCAUAUGAACACAAUCACGCGUAGUCGCAAUAAAUUUGAACACUGGAGGAAACUGCAUUUAUUUCACUAGUUCAAUUAAAAAAGACUUAUACUCGUGUAUGGAUUCACUAUACAUGAGAUUUUUAUUGUUUUUAUACGCAAUUUGGAUUAUUACAUCCUACUGUACAGUUGAUAGAAAAACUGAAUUUUACAAACAAUCGAAUAUUUCUUAAUAUUGGAACGAACCGAUUUGGUACUUGAUUUGGUGUUUAAUGACUCAAUCUUUUGUUUUUUCAGUUGAACUACUGAAAUCAAAUCUACUUGACACACUAUACACCCUAAUUAGGUAUUUUAGUCCAACACACACAGAUCAUCAUUUCUAAUACCAAUCAGUUUUCGAGUCAACGAGCGCCAAUCUUUGUAUCGGCUACACAAUUGGAAGCGAAAACUCUGGGAAAGAAAAUUUGUGUCGUGUUCUAACCUUUUUUAGUUGUUGGUCUUUAAUGGAGAGGAGAUGGAAGGAAACUGGUGGCUUGGAAAAGUCAUACUGGUGGCAAUUGCUUUUUCCGUGAGGAGACGCAGACGUUGGACUUGUACAAAGAAAUAGAAAAGGAGGUGGAUAGGUGUCGUCACCAUCUUGCCGACUCCACUUUGCUUAUCUACCUCGUCCUCUCUGUCUGCCUCUGCUGUUUAGUGUUUUCCAGACCAAAGGUGAUUGCGGUUAUGAGGAGACACCUUCGGGUGCGCUAACAACAUUUACUUUAUUGUUCAAACGAAGAGGCGUAUGUUCAAGAAUUCAAAUAGUGCUACUUUUCUCUCACGAAUAUACAGGCCAUAAGAUAAUUGGCCACUUUUUUGUGGAUAUGAAAACACUAAAUCACAGCUAAGUUUUUUUUUUAUUAUUAUCAAACCAUAGUUUAAUCACUAUGUUGUUGUAAAUGUCUUUAAAAUAAAAAUAAUUGUAGCCCAAUAUAUCUAAAACAUGUUGUCAUACAGAGAGCAUUCAUUUUAUCGUUCAAGCGUUUAGAUUUAAAGCCUUAUAAUUAAUAACUGAUAAUUAGUCAUAUUUUAAACACAAUUUUUUUUUUUUUUUUUUUUUAAACUUAUUUUGCUCUAACCCCCAAAUUGAUGACUUAUUUUCAUGCAUAAACUAAGUGUGAUAUCCUACUAAAUUCUCAUGAGAAUUAUUUAGCAUCAAUAGUGGAAACGUGAAUGUUUUUCCACAAUUAAGCCUAGUUGAAUUAGUAUAGUGAAGACUUGACUGACUAGGCACCAAAGCAAAUCACAGAGAGAUGCAGAAGUGAUGAGUGGUACUGAACGAGCCAGGAAGUGUCAGAAAGCCAGCGAGAGAUGAGAUGAUGGCAGUAGAGAUGACCGGAAAUGGAAGGAGAGGUAAAGUUGUUGAGGAAAGUUCAAGUAGACAAAAGGAACUGAAGUAUGUGCUUAAAAGAAAGAGGGACUGACGAGAAGAUAUCCGCCAUUGUACAAAGCUUUCAUGGCGUUCCGCCAACUUUUUAUUUUUCUUGAAUUAGCCAGCGAGCUAGUUGAUUUGUAUUGUUCCGUUUCAACAUAUUUAUUUACUGCUGCUACAAUUUUUUUUUCCAUUUUGUAUUUUAAUUGUGUUAAUUGCUUUAGACGCUGCCGUCGCUUCUUUUUCCCCCAAAGGACAAAAUACUGUUUUUGCCAAAUACGUGAAGUCCAAUGCAAAAGACCGCACGUUGUUUUUACCAAAUACCGAUUAGAAGAGCACGUUUUGAGGAAGGCGAAAACCAAGUGAGAGUAAAGUACUAAUCCAUGACACCACGUAACCACACUUCACACAUCACACAACUAAUACAAGUCAUUACACCAUAGGCAGAUUAAGAGGGUGGCUAUCUAUCUGUCUGUCUGUCUGUCCAGAUGCUUUCGGUCAUGUCCAUCCACUGCGAGCUUGACAACUGCACACCAAAGGUGUCCACAACCCAACAUUGUCACCUGUUAUGAAUUGCUCUCAGCUAUUAUACAUAUAUAUCUAUUUAUAUACAAAUAAUAUAAUUGUGUGUUUGAGUGGCUAUAGGGGGUGCUGUGGUGUAGCAGCCCCCAAUCCCCCCCGCCCCUUUUGUGUGCUCUGUUUUACUGUACAGAGGGAGACUGGCACAUUAUACAGUAUCACACGACGAGGGGGUCGAGCAGAACGACACGGGGAAAAGUUGAGUGAAGCAAAAGGCCAUCGAUGCAAUGACACGAUGUGAUCCAGCGGUGUCGUUCGGCUCGGCCCUUUUGUCGACUCUGCAGAAUAUCGACUUGACUUUAAAGCCACGGUUUACAUCCACAGAGCUGACAUGUACAAAAAGAAUCAUUCCGGUGCUUGGCAUCCAGUCAUGAAUGACCGGAUGUGUGUGUGUGUGUCCCCAGUCUCCCACUGUCGAAUUUGUUUUUGUUUAUAAGCUGAUGUGUACCGACACAUGCUCUACAUGCUACUUGGAUUGUAGAACAGGAGUGGGCCCAGUACAGACCCAUCUGAUCUAGUAGGACUCCUGGAGAACUUUGGAAAAUCUAGGAAAGCUCCUCCAACUCUGUUGUAGAGACACCAAAUAUUUAAAGUGAUCCCACCCUGGCUUGAUGUGUAUAUUAGCUCGCCGGCUGUGUAUAUAAACGGUGAAGCUAGCUGCUAGCGCCUACCUGAGCUGUGCCUUGGCGUCCAGCAGCUUUCUCUCUCUUUCUCGCUCUCACUCUCUCUCUCUUCCCUCCCUCUCUCUCUGUCUCUGUAUUUAUGUGUUUUAAAUCCCAUCUGUAAGUAAACCAAAUAUCAUCGUCACUAUGCAGUCAUGCUAAACCAUGUCGGCUUGCUACGAGCGGUACAUUGUAAAGAGACUCCCUCCCUCCGAGUUUUAAUGAGCAGACUACACAUUUAAGGAUUGUAUCAGGGUGGGUAGGGAUUUUGCUUUUUUUUUUUUCUCGCUUUCUGUGGAGUUGGCUCAAUGCUGUAAAGCAGGGGUGGGGAACCUACAGACCGGCUAUAUGCAGUUGGGGAGAUAUGGAUUCGAUCCCUUGAUAAAAUCUUAAGUUUGCUCACAAAGAAGUUCCAUACACUUGCAUAAAUAAUACACAUAAGUUGCAUGUUGGAAUUUGAUUCAUCCCAUCACCACAUUCAUAUUUGAAACACUCGCUCAAAUCCUCCUUUGCCAUUGAAAUGAAUGGAGUUGCCAUUAAUCCGUUCCACACUGUCCCUACGAAAAAAAGAUGUGGGCAAAUUUAAACAUUUAAAAGGGGAUCAUGCAAGUAUAUGAUCUGGCUGGCCUUUCAUGCAAUUGUAAAAAAUAUCAACAGGACUUGUAAUUUCACCCUGAUAAUAUGUAAAAAUGUGUUUAUUCACUACAUCAUUGUAAAAAGGUUCCUCCCCCUGCCGCCAAGUCUCGCAAAUGCACGCCAUUGUCAGAGCUGGUUCUUCCGUUAUUGUUUAGGAGUUGGAGAUGCACAUGACUUAUUUGUUGUUGUUGUUUUUUUGCCAGGAAUGUUGUAUUAUUUUUGCGAAGCUCUCGCGUCAAGCUCUCAAUCCCACUUUAAGCUCCCUUUUAUUUUCUUAUUUUCACCUAGCUGUAUGCGUGUCUACCAAAAGUCUGUAUUGAUGGUGAUGAUUAUUAUAAUUUUGUUUUGCUUUUUUAUGAUCAUUGUUAUGUCACGGUUCAGAUGAUUUAUGGUUUUAAGAUUAUUUUAUUAUGAGUUUAUGGAUACUAUUCAGGGCAAAAAUGACACCAAAUUGAACAAAUAGAUCAUAAAUGCACGGUGGAACCUCCAAAGUUGAAGAAGUGUGCAUGCUUCUAACCCUAUAUCCAGAAAUUGAAUUUAUUCUGCUCAGUACAAUUACAGCAAUAAUUAUUAUCAAUGACGUACACAAGUUUUAUGGUAUGAGUAUUUUUGCUUUAGUUUUAUUGUACAGCGGUUAACUUGUUUUUAACACUUUUAUGACCAUUAAGGAUGUUAAAAUGUUAUUUAAUGCAUAACCUGUACAGUUUUAUUUGACAUUAGUUCCUAUAAGAGGAUUUUAUUUUUAAAUUUGGAACAACUUUAAGGUCAACAAGCAUCACAGCAUCGAUUCAACUUUGGAGGUUUCAUUGGAUGUUGGUCUCUAGCUGUAACUGAUGUCCGCUUGAUUGUAGCCGACACUUAAACUCAACUCUAAUAGUAUUGUUAAGAUUUAUUGUUGCGGAUUGAGCAGAUAUUUUGGUGACUUUAUGACUCAUUGCCCCAAUAUGGGUUAUAAAUUGUGUGCUGUUGCUUUCUUCCCGCUUCCACAAACACACUCUUGCCCUGCUUUUUGAGUUAUUGUUGUGUUUGAUUGAUUAUUUUUGUAUUCCUGGUUUGAUGCUGUAGUAAGUGAACCGAUUGGUCAAAUACGAGAGCUUUUCUUUUGUUUUCCAAAAGCUGUCAUGACUGAUGUUGCACUUGUAAUGGGUUUUUAUUAUAAGUAUUGUUAUUUUUUGUGUCUUGCAUUGCAAAUUGUCACCCUUAUUUUUUUAAAGUGUCACAACCAUUUUUUUUUUAUUUAUCUGUGACACGGCAAGAGCAACAUUCAACAAUUUAUUUUCUUCACUCAUAUAUAUUUAUUAUUGAUGUGUGUCUUGAUUUUUAUCUUUUUUUAUUUCAAACUUGACUUGAGAAAUGAGCAGUAAAAAUUAUAUCAUUAUUAUAAUAAUAUACCGAAAUGUCCCGAAAUACAAACAUUAGACUCCUCCAUUUGAUUAUGUUUUAUUUACUAUGUACCCCAACAAACAAAUUGUCACCAUAUUUGGAAUUUUGUCCAAUUCCCCAUUUUAUUUUAAUGGCUAUUCCCUUCUUAUGCCAAGUGUUUGAAAUUCUGAUUUAAUUUAUGUUUGGCUUUAGUUUGACUUUACCAGCUUGCACUGUAAAGACAAGAGUCCCCCCCCCCCCCUCACUCUUUUAUUUAUUUUUAUUUUUUUUAUUGGCACCACAAUGAUGCAUGUAUCAAGUCUCACAGCUUUACUGCCCCUCAUUGUUUUUAUUUUCUUGCUGUAUUUUGCCUCCCCCAUAUCCCUGGUCUCAUUUCAAAAAAGAAUAAAUGCCAUUAUAUUGUGAAUACCUCAGGAUUCUUUUGACGAGAAAAACAAUAAAACACCAAAAAAUCAAAUAAAUAAAUAAAAACAUAAAAAUCUGA